AUGCCUUCACUACAAUCCUUUCUUUCACUUUCCAGUCCCCAAGCGUCAGCAAGCAGCGGCGCUAAUGUCUCCAAAUCAACUCCAAUUCCCAGUACAAACAUAGGCCCAGCGGCCCAGCAUCUCCAACAUGAGCUUCUCGAAAUGUACUGGCAAGGAGUGGAACGUGAACUACCAUACCUACUCCUCACAUAUCGUCACUGGCAAUCAGACAAAGAGACAUCAGGUCUACUGCCAGAUGAACAAGACCAUCAUAUCCAUGGCUACGAUACCUUUAUCGAUCAGGUAUCUGACAUCUCACGUCAAUUCCAUGAGCGGAACAAGUCAACCCAAGAACCCAAGAAACAGAAAAAAGGCGAAAAGAAAAACAAGAAUGAACCACCUUCUUACGACGAAGUACUGCGUGGGCGAGGUUGGGAUAUCUUUGCCGACAUGAAAAGCCAGAGCGUGAAAGGCGCCCUGAGGACUGCACUCAGUGAACGCAAGAUACCGGAUCCAGCAAGACGACGAGCACGUAUGCUUCUACAAUCGGCGCAGUUUCUGGAUAUUGACAAACUCAUCGAGUAUCGAGACGAUGAAGAGGAUCCCCCAGUCCGGAAAAUGCCUGCCUCGGCCCAGAUGAAGGUGUCGUGUUACGACGCUCUAAACCAGCCUGUCUUUGUUCCACAGCGCUGUUCUGAAUGUCAGACAAUCAUCCGGGGCUGUAUGUUUGUGGAUACUAGCAGUGAAGGUGUUAUUAUCUGCGAAGCAUGUUAUCGGACGACACAUUAUGGCCAGGAACGUUUUUCGAAGCAGUAUAAACAUUCUUGUCUACCUACAGCGUUGACUCCAGAGAUGAGUCGUGGACUUUGUUACUGCAGUACUGUCCGGCGACGCGAUGCCCAUGGACGCUCUCGUUCUCUUUGGCCAAUCGAUCCGGUUGCUGAUGAAGGGAAUCACAUUCAAGGAGGUCUAGGCAGAGUCGGAUGCGGGCUUUACAAAGUCACUGAUCUCUUGGCGGAGGCAAAGUAUUCAUCCACACGACCCCUUUCUGGCAAGAACGAAAGUCUUCUCAAACUGAGGCAGAAAGAUCUUGCCAGUGAAGAAGUGCCAAGGCCCGCAGGUGCCUUGAGAAAUGACGCUCCUAGACCAGAACAUGACGAGACGUCCAGACCGGAGUAUGGGUAUUCCGAUGGAUCUAGGACUAGUCAGCCAAAGGGUAUUCCAAGCUACCUGCGGUCUAAGAUUGGGGACAAUCCACUUGGAAAUGUGCAUAUGGCUGUUCGCUUUGGUCCCCUUAUAAUAGAAAACGGCUCUACAAACUUGGAUGGCGUUCUCAUCACAAACCGGGAUCCGCCUUCGUUACAAGUCGCCCGCGACCCCCCGGAGGACAUCACAAAAUGUCUCCUCCUUACAGGCGAGACUGAUCGCUUGCUAUGCUCGCAGAAUAGACCGCGAUAUCCAAAGCGCUAUAGAGCAUUCAUGAAGCAAGUGGUCGGUGGUGCUUUUUGCGAUUUCUUUGACUCUGAUGUCGAAGAGCAGCUCAUUGAUGCUUUUAUGCACGAGUGCGACCAUCUGGAUUAUGACAACUUGGGAUCUGCAGCACAAGAAGCCGUAUUGAACAAGAGUUCUGAACGAUUGCUCUUGCUUGUCAAGGAGUAUCUUGGGUCAAGAGCGCAAGCUCAUAUAAUAAGCAUUACAAAUCGUCUUCUUGAUCCAGAUGUUCAACUUCAGUGGAAUCGUCAAUCCAAUAGCUGCCAGGCAUUUUGCGACAACUUGAUCGAUCGGGGCUUAUUUGGUUCCCUCUUCACCUCUGAAGCCUUCGAUAAUAAACUCCAACCUUUCUACCUGAUGAGCUUUGUAUGCCGACCUGGAUGUGACGUUCCAGUGCGGGCACUAUCCAAGUAUGAAGUGCCCAACGGCCUCACAGAAGAAUAUCUGUUGAAGUUUCGCUACGGACGUCAAGGCGAUUCUGAUAUUAUCGACUCGCUCACUGAGUACUGGACAGAUUGGGGCGGCUUCGAAGGGCCCAUCUAUCCCUACCAGGACCUUUUCCCAUGGGAUUGUACAGAAGCAUAUGAUCGCUAUCCUGGAAAUUGUGGUGAUUGCAAUAUUUCCAAACAUGUUCUCGCGUUUCCUUUUGAUUCAUGGUCCAUCGCUUCUCUGCACCUUGCACGAGGCAGAGAAUUAUACCCCCGAAGUCCAACACUCACAGAUCAACCAACAGAGAAGAGACGGGCUGGAGGUCUCAUGUCAGACACAGACUGGUUCAAAAACCGCCUGAACAUCCUCCUUGGUCAAGACACCCUCCUGGCAGCUGCAGUAGCUAUGUCAAAUAACCCUCAAUUCCGCGCCUCCACAAAUUGGCUCCAUGGUGGCACGGACAAAACGAUGGACCGUCUAAAGUUAGGCGGCAUCCACCGCGCACAACCCUUCAGCCAUCACUUCGAAAAGGGUGCAUACCAUCGCUACUUUGUCGCAAACUGGUCCUUAUAUACUAUACCACUGCGGAUCGCUGAGUAUGAGAAAUUGAGGGAUUGGAGAGCAACCAAGCUUGAUGUUGGCGCAACAAAGGCAGACCAUUCUGGGGCAGGAGGUUGCGGUGUCGGGGUAUUCGUAUGUGGUGCUGUUGGAGCUGGGUGCGCAGUGGGGAGUCCCGGAAUGGCUGGAGACACUUGUGGGAGUGGUUGUGUCACGGAUACUUCAGGUGAUGGCGAUGGUGACGGUGAUGGUGGUGGCUGUGGAGGUUGCGGAGGAUAG